AUGGGCUUGUUUUCAAUGUAUACUGGAUUAAUGUACAAUGAUAUAUUUUCAUUAUCAUUAAAAUUGGCAAAACCUGGAUUUGAAUGGAUCAAAAAUGACACUGAUGGAACCUACAAAGUGAUCCAAACUGGCGUUUAUCCAUUUGGAAUUGAUCCAAGUUGGCAUGGUGCAGAGAAUUAUUUGUUAUUUACUAAUUCAUAUAAAAUGAAAAUGUCAAUAAUUUUAGGUGUAAUUCAUAUGAGUUUUGGUAUAAUUCUUACCAUAUACAACUAUACAUAUUUUAAAAAAACCUUGAGUAUUUGGACAGAAUUUUUGCCACAAAUGUUAUUUAUGCAAUCAAUUUUUGGAUACCUUAUGCUUACUAUUAUAUACAAAUGGACAAUUAACUGGUGGGAAACUGACGAAUCAGGUCAAACCAUUAGAAAUAGCCCACCUGGUUUAUUGAAUACGCUGAUAUAUAUGUUUUUACAACCUGGUAAAGUCGCAGCUAAAGAUCAAUUAUAUCCUGGUCAAGAUAAAGUUCAAUUUAUCCUAUUAAUAAUAGCAUUAAUUUGCGUGCCUUGGAUGUUAUUAACAAAACCUCUUAUAAUGAGACAUGAUCAUAAAAAAAUUAGAGCACAAGGUUAUCAUAAUCCACAAACGGAUGCAACACGUAUAUCAACUGAUGAAAAUAAUGAGCAUGGUGGUGCUGUGGUAACAGAGGAGAUUCAUGAAGAGGAAGAAUUUGAUUUUGGUGAAAUCAUGAUUCAUCAAGUUAUACAUACUAUAGAGUUUUGCCUUGGUUGCAUUUCUAAUACUGCAAGCUAUCUACGAUUAUGGGCUUUAAGUUUAGCACAUGCUCAAUUGUCAUCUGUAUUAUGGGACAUGACAUUAAAAACUGCUUUAAAUUACCAAGGUGUCUUGGGAGUAAUUUUAAUUGCUGUUGCAUCAAUUUUUUGGUUUAUUUUAACGAUUGGUAUAUUAAUACUUAUGGAAGGAUUAUCUGCAUUUUUACAUGCUUUACGUUUACAUUGGGUUGAAUUUAAUAACAAGUUUUAUGAAGGUACUGGUAGAAAAUUUGAACCAUUUGGAUUUAAGAGAAUUUUGAAAGAGCAAGAUUAA